GUGACUGGAGUAACAUGGCGGCUGCCCAGUGAACGCUGCCGGUUCCGGGCGGGAGCUAGUCGCGUGAGCCGUUAGGCGGCUGAGGUCAGGGGUGAAAAAGCGGGAUCCAGGCCCGGAUUCUGAGACCGUGCGCGGGCGGCAGCGGAGCGAGGCAGGUGGGCCCAGGGUGGCGUGGCCCAUGAGCCGGCGCCGGGGGCAGCGCGGAGCCGCAGACUUGCCUGGCCCUGGCGCGGUCCCUGCUGCCGGGGGCUGAGGAGUCGCCGCGAGGCUCCGGGGCGUACCCCGAGCUGCCACGAUGAACCCCGAGAAGGACUUCGCGCCGCUCACUCCCAAUAUCGUGCGUGCCCUCAAUGACAAACUCUACGAGAAACGGAAGGUGGCAGCGCUGGAGAUCGAGAAGCUGGUUCGGGAAUUCGUGGCCCAGAACAACACCGUGCAAAUCAAGCAUGUGAUCCAGACCCUAUCUCAGGAGUUUGCUCUGUCCCAGCACCCCCACAGCCGGAAAGGGGGCCUCAUCGGCCUGGCCGCCUGCUCUAUCGCCCUGGGCAAGGACUCUGGGCUCUACCUGAAGGAGCUGAUUGAGCCUGUGCUGACCUGCUUCAAUGAUGCAGACAGCAGGCUACGCUACUAUGCCUGCGAGGCCCUCUACAACAUCGUCAAGGUGGCCCGGGGUGCUGUGCUGCCCCACUUCAAUGUUCUUUUUGACGGACUGAGUAAGCUAGCUGCUGACCCAGACCCCAAUGUGAAAAGUGGAUCUGAGCUCCUGGAUCGUCUUUUAAAGGAUAUUGUGACUGAGAGUAACAAGUUUGACCUGGUGGGCUUCAUCCCCUUGUUAAGGGAAAGGAUUUACUCCAACAACCAGUAUGCCCGGCAGUUCAUCAUCUCCUGGAUCCUGGUUCUGGAGUCUGUGCCAGACAUCAACCUGCUGGAUUACCUGCCAGAGAUCCUGGAUGGACUCUUUCAGAUCCUGGGUGACAAUGGCAAAGAGAUUCGGAAAAUGUGUGAGGUAGUUCUUGGAGAAUUCCUGAAGGAAAUUAAGAAGAACCCCUCCAGUGUUAAGUUUGCUGAAAUGGCCAACAUCCUGGUGAUCCACUGCCAGACCACAGACGACCUGAUCCAGCUGACGGCCAUGUGCUGGAUGCGGGAGUUCAUCCAGCUAGCUGGCCGAGUCAUGCUGCCCUACUCUUCGGGGAUCCUGACGGCUGUCCUGCCCUGCCUGGCCUAUGAUGACCGCAAGAAAAGCAUCAAGGAGGUGGCCAACGUGUGCAACCAGAGUCUGAUGAAGCUGGUCACCACGGAGGACGAUGAGCCAGAUGAGCCAAAGACAACAGUUCAGAGACAGGCUGAACUCAACCCUGAGGACUCCCUGGCAAAGCAGGAAGGCACAGCUCGUGGAGGUCCAGAUGGCUCUUGUGACUCUAGCUUCGGGAGUGGCAUCAAUGUCUUCACCCCAGCCAGCACUGACAGGGCCCCAGUGACCCUGCACCUCGAUGGGAUCGUGCAGGUCCUCAACUGCCACCUCAAAGACACAGCCAUUGGAAUGAUGACCAGGAUUGCUGUUCUGAAGUGGCUGUACCACCUCUACAUCAAGACUCCCCGCAAAAUGUUCCGGCACACAGACAGCCUCUUCCCCAUCCUACUCCAGACGUUAUCAGAUGAAUCCGACGAGGUUGUCCUGAAAGAUCUGGAGGUGCUGGCAGAAAUUGCUUCCUCCCCCGCAGGCCAGACCGAUGACAUAGGCCCACCUGAUGGUCCUGAUCUCCGCAUCAGCCACUCAGAGCUUCUGGUGCCCACCUCUGGCAGAACCAGCAUGCUGAAUCCUCCCAGUACCAAAGGCUUAGAAUGCUCUCCUUCCACUCCCACCAUGAACUCCUACUUCUAUAAGUUCAUGAUCAACCUUCUGCAGCGGUUCAGCAGUGAACGGAAGCUCCUGGAGGUCAGAGGCCCUUUCAUCAUCAGGCAGCUCUGUCUCCUACUAAACGCAGAGAACAUCUUCCAUUCCAUGGCCGACAUCCUGCUCCAGGAGGAGGACCUCAAGUUUGCCUCCACUAUGGUGCACACCCUCAACACCAUCCUGCUCACCUCUGCCGAGCUCUUCCAACUGAGGAACCAGCUCAAGGACCUGAAGACUCUGGAGAGCCAGAACCUGUUCUGCUGCCUGUACCGCUCCUGGUGCCACAACCCCGUCACCACGGUGUCCCUCUGCUUCCUCACCCAGAACUACCGGCACGCCUAUGACCUCAUUCAGAAGUUUGGGGACCUGGAGGUCACCGUGGACUUCCUCACGGAGGUGGACAAGCUGGUACAGCUGAUCGAGUGCCCCAUCUUCACAUAUCUGCGCCUGCAGCUGCUGGAUGUGAAGAACAACCCAUACCUGAUCAAGGCGCUGUACGGCCUGCUCAUGCUGCUGCCCCAGAGCAGCGCCUUCCAGCUGCUAUCCCACCGGCUCCAGUGUGUGCCUAACCCUGAGCUGCUGCAGACCGAAGAUAGUCUGAAGGCUGCCCCCAAGUCCCAGAAAGGUGACUCUGCCAGCAUCGACUACGCAGAGCUGCUGCGGCACUUUGAGAAGGUCCAGAACCAGCACCUAGAAGUGAGGCACCAGCGCAGCGGGCGCGGGGACCACCUGGACCGCAAGGUGGUCCUCUGACACACCUGGCAUGGAGAAAGGCCCCCGAAGCACUCAGGGUCUUCAGGUCACCUCCCCGAGGAUCUGCCUCUCAGGGGCAGUGCUGGUCUGACCACCAGAGCAGGGAGGGGGACGGAGGCCGCUCUGUCCACACAGCACCUCUCAGCCCAGCCCUGGGCCCCCCCAGCACGGUCCGCUGCGCCCUGGCUUCAGACAGCUGGCUCCCCACCAGGGAGGCACCACAGCCUCAGAAGCCGACCCUCUUCUGGAACCAGUCUCUAAUUCUCCCCUGUGAGAAGAGCAUCACCUCAGCCCCCAGAGCUCUGGCCUGGUGUAUGUAUACAUGUGUGUAUGUGUGCGUGUGUGCAUCUGCGUGUGUAUAUGCCUGUGUGCACACUGGGACCAGCACAAAGAUCUCUACUGAAUGACGCCCCCCUCAAUAAAGAAAUGACAAACCUUAA